AUGGCGGCGGACGAGGAGACGGACGAGCUGCUGCGGGAGCGGCCGGCGUUGGCCGCCUGGUUGGAGACGCUGCGGGGCGGCAGCGAGAACCAGCGCCACUGGGAGGCGCGGCGCCGCUUCAUCAUCAACAACCUGCCGGCGGCGGCGGCGGCGGCCAGUGGCGGGGAGGGGGAAGGUGAGGCCGGCGCCGGGGCAAUGGAGCCGGAUCCCCCGCCCCGGGCCGGGCCCCGCACCGACCGCCUGCUCGCCCUCUCCAUGGUCUGGGCCAACCACGUCUUCCUCGGGUGCCGGUACUCAAAAGCAGUGAUGGAUAAAGUGCUGGAGAUGGGAGAAGGGAUCAAAGUUACAGACGCGCCGGUGCAUACGACACGAGACGAAGUGGUAGCCAAUAAGAAGAAAAAAGAGAUUCCCAGCGCUGAUGAAAAGGCUAAAGUAAAACCAAGUGAAAAGAAGAAAGCGGUCACCGACGCUAAAACCAUUGAUUUUGUUGCCAUGAGCGAAAAGGCUGAAAAUGUCAGCCAGGAAGUCGAUCCCACCAGAAUCCCGGGCCUUGAUGGUUUCCCCGAAAUUGAAGCUCCGGCUCCCUUGCCCGGACCGCAAGCGGAGACUCCGGCCUGCCCCGUGCCGGCCGUCAGCUCGAACCAGAAGGAAGCCCAGCCCCCCCCGAAAGAGAGCGAGGUGAAGAAAGCCCCGGCUCCUGUCACCAAUCAGCAGGCGGCACCGGCACCAGCACCAGCACCAGCACCGCGCUCUGAGCCUCCGACGCCCACCAAGAAUUGCUCUUCUAAUUCCGCAGAGGCUAAGCCGGCUGCCCAGCCGGACCACAUCGUCGAGCGCCUCGUCCCCGCGGCCGCCUCACAGAAAGUCACCCCGCAGCCGGCUGCCUCUCAGAGCUGUAAGCCGCCCAUAACCAUAGUCAGCUUGACUCCCGAAGCCGUGAAAGAGAAGCAGACCUUUUACAACAAACUCUACAAGGCCGUCGCCUGGAAGCUGGUGUCGGCCGGGGGCUACAGCAAUGAUAUUAACCACUUGGCCAUUCUGAGUAACUGCAUACAGGCCACGAAGGGCAGCCUGGAGAGCGUCUGUAUCCCCCUGAAGGACAUUUCCGAGCUGCAUUUACCGCACAGCGCAGCCCGCGAGGGCAUUGUGUGCGAAUUACGGUGCCAGUCUGUGUACUUGGCCACGGGGUACGGUAAAUGCAAAGUCAGCGCCAAGGAUAUGGCCGCAAAGGAAGCUGUGAAGCUGUUCUUGAAACAGAAGGUCACCGUGAAGAUGUGUAAAAGGAAAUUCAAGGGGACUGACAUUGAAGAUUUAGUACUUCUGAGCGAAGAUAUACACCGCUUAAACCUAGCUCCUGCACUAAUGAAUCCUUUAGAACCUUCCGCAAGGUAAACCCGACGUGUAAAGCGCUCUUCUGAUGAGUUAAUUGGAAAUAUUUUAUAUGUCUGAAUGCGUAUGAAGUCUUUGUUCGAUUACAUGAUUGUAAAAGGUGCACGUGUAUAUUGCAGUUAUAGUUAGAGUUAUUUGGAAUUUCUUUUGAGACAAGGUUGAAACUGGAUUGCCCAACAAUUUAUCAAAUGGAAAUAAAUACAUGGGUGAGUUUUCAUGGUUUAUUGAUGUAAAUCUGUUAUUCGGCCAUUAAGCAUUUGAUCUUGAAAUAUUACUGUCAUUUUCCUUUGGAUGCAGAUUAUUUUAAAGGGGAAACACGAAAAACUAUUUUUCAGAAUAAUAUAACAGGGCCACGUGAGUCCUUCCAUCGGAGUAUGUUUUGUUUUGAAGAAUACUUUUACAAAGUCCAUUCGGGUUAAAGCAUUCCACAUGCAACUGUCACGUUAUGUUUCAAACCAGGAACAGUCUGAAGAAGGGUCUCGGCCCGAAACGUCACCUAUUCUUUUUUUCAGAGAUGUUGCCUGACCCGCUGAGUUGUAGCCCCCCACCCCCCUCGGUCAUGACUGACCAUGGGUGAUGCAUCCCAGUUGUUGGCUGCUUGCUCCAAACCUUGGCUAGAGCAGCGUAGUUUGUGGCUGAAGAGACCAAUGCGGGAGUGACAGUCUCUUGAGUUACUCCAGCUUUUUGUCUCACUCUAAUUGUGGUGGUUUAUUCAGAUGGGUUAUUGGGUUAAAUAGUAAUUGACAUCUCUGGGUGGGUUAAAACUGUGGAUUGUUGGACAAUCAAAACUGGUUGCAUGCGCAAGGAACUGCAGAUGCUGAAGAGGGGUCCCGACCCAAAACAUCAUCUAACUAUUCUCUGGAGGUGCUGCUCCUGACCCGCUGUGUUACUCCAGCGUUUUGAAUCUGUCUUUAGUAUAAACCAGUGUCAGCAGUUCCUUUUCAUUACACUGGUACAAACCUAACUAAACUCCGGCGCUUUGUGUCCAUUCAUGUAAACCUGCACCUGCAGUUCCUUGUUUCUACAUUUUACGUAACCCCUUUUAUCAUCUUUGAUAUUAAAAAGCUUUGAACUUUGCUAAAGUAGUUUAAAUUGUUGUAAUAAGAAAUUACAGAUGCUGAAGAAGGGUCAUGACCCAAGAUGUCGCCUAUCCAUGUUCUCUGGAGAUGCUGCCUGAUCCACUGAGUUACUCCAGCACUCUGAAACGGCACCUAUCCAUGUUCUCCACAGAUGGCUGCCUGACCCGCUGAGUUACUCCAGCACUCUGUGAAACGUCACCUAUCCAUGUUCUCCACAGAUGCUGCCUGACCCACUGAGUUACUCCAGCACUCUGAAACGUCACCUAUCCAUGUUCUCCACAGAUGCUGCCUGACCCGCUGAGUUACUCCAGCACCUGUGAAACGUUACCUAUCCACGUUCUCCAGGUAUGCUGCCUAACCCGCUGAGUUACUCCAGCACUGUGUUCUAAAUAUGAGUUGUAUCUGUUAAAAAAUAAUAUGUAACUGGAAAGCAUGGAUUUGUAUAUUAAUUGGCCCUCUGUAAAUUGUCCCCAGUGUGUAAGGAGUGGAUGAUAAAGUGGAACUAGUGUGUACGGGUGAUUGGACUCUAAACUAAAUUAACCAUUUUUCUGCUUUUUAUUUCUAACUCUGGGAAAGAACCCCAUUGGUUUAUGUAUUAUUGGCUCUGGUAAUUUAUGCAUCGGUACUCCCAGAUCUCCCCCCCCUACCUCCACCUCCACCUCCACCUGUAUCUAGCCAAUGUUCAUUCUGAGUAGCUUCCUCGUUCUUCCUAGCAAAAUAGAGCACCUCAAUUAGAAGUUCAACAGCUAUUCUGUACGUUAGUCAUUGGCUUCCGAUUUGUUGUUGCAUUCCUUCUCAGUUUCACGCUUAAUGUGACGGUGUUUGCAAGUUUUUGAAGGUUCUACAUUUGUGGACAAUACUGCUCCAAACAUUGAUAUCUGAGUAGACAGAAACUGCUGGAGUAACUCAACGGGUCAGGCAACAACUUUGGAUAAAAAGGAUAGGUGAGAUAAAAAGGUCAGGUCCCUUCUUUAGACUGAUCUGGGUCAACCCUGUUCCUAAUCUUUGUACCAUGGUUAAGUAUCAUACCUCGGGAAAAUGAAGUCAGAUUUUUUUAUAGUGAAUAACAGUUCAAAGUAAUCUUCUGAUUUUUUUGCAAAUGAUAUCCUGCAGUAUUGAGCUUAAACUUUGCAUGUUGCAAUUUAAUGUGAAAUGUCCAAUUGAAUUAAAAAUAUUACACCAAGUAGAUUUAAAAACAUUGAUAAUAAUAAUCAGUGGUAGGGUUAGGGUGAUUGUUGACAAAAACAACUGCAGAUGCUGGUUUUAAAAUAAGACACGGAGUGCUGGAGUAACAGCAGGUCAGGCAGCAUCUCCAGAGAACGUGGAUAGGUGACGUUUCAGAGUGCUGGAGUAACUCAGCGGGUCAGGCAGCAUCUGUGGAGAACAUGGGUAGGUGACGUUCACAGAGUGCUGGAGUAACUCAGCGGGUCAGGCAACAUCUGUGCAGAACAUGGAUAGAAGAUGUUUUGAGGCAGGACCCAAAACUUCACCUAUCCACUUGCUGAGUUAUUCCAGCUGUCUGUGGCUGUUUAAUUUUUCUAGUUAUUAUCACACGGCAGUUUGCAGGAUGUUGCAGCAUAUGUGUCAACUAUUCUGAAAAAGAAAAAUUGCAAAACUUGAAUCCCCAAAUUAAGUAACCUCAACCAAAUAAAUGCCUGGUUUGUACAUAGACUGUGAAUCUUUAACCAAAACAUUAAUGGUCCAGAUUUCAAAAUCUUCAACAAUCUUACAUGUUAUGGCUGUUCUUUCUUACACUUAUGAUGCAAUGAUAAGUUAAUAGUUGAAGUAUUUCCAGCAUUCCCUGUUCAACCCCGUGACAUAGUGAUAUGAAAAGGAAUGAUGUGCUGUUAACAUUUCUGUACAAGAAGGAAAUGUGGUCCCAUUUAAAAUUCUGUUUAAACCAGUUAGCUGCUUUUUGUAAGUUUGAAAAACUAUUAAGACAGCACAGGGUCUAAAAACUAUCGUUAAUGAGCAAGAAGGGUAUGCCAGAGUGGGAGGCAGAGUUGCCCAUUUUCAGCUCAGUAGAUGGUAUGCCUUUUGUUUGGGGUUUAGUGGCCAGUCAGCACUAGACUGAUCCAGCAAGUUUGAAUUUUAACACACUCGUGAACACUCUCUCCAUGAAUGCUCCUUGGUAGUUUCAACUCUUGACGUAGUGGAGAUAAUUUGUUCCUCAUGCAGAAAGCUCCCCUGCCGUUCAGUGCAAUUCCUUUAUCUUCACUGGAGUCACGAGGAGCAGCAGGCGCUGAAAUCAUGAGCUAAAACGCAACGUGCUGGAGGAACUCAGCAGGCAGCAUCUGCGGAGAGAAAUGGACAAGCAGCAUUUUGGGUCAGGACCCUUCUUCAGACUUUCCUGAAUCUUUCCCUGACCCAAUGAAUGUCGCCUGUCCAUUCCCUCCACAGAUGCUGCCUGACCAGAUGAGUUCCUCCAGCAUUCUUGUGUUUUGCUUUUUCUUCACAGUUUUUUUUGUGGAUCCAUUCUAUCCCCUCCCCCCACACUUCUCUCUCUCUGAGGAUGACUUACUUACAAUCCAGUUCUGUGUGUUCUGAACGGGUGGCUAAAUGCAGUGUGGAAUGUACCAACUCUGCUACGAGGUACUCGAUGGGGUGGCUGGGUAGAAUGUGAGGUACUGCCGUCCUUCCCUCAUUAUCACUGGCCUUCCUUGUGCUCCCGAUAAAGCAACGAGGAAAUCACCCGUUUCCUCCCACGUCCCAAAGACGUGCGGGUUUGUCGAUUAAUUGGCUUCUAUAAAUUGUGCCUAUUGUAUAGGAUAGAUCUAGUGUACAGGUGGCCGGUUCCGAUUCGGUGGGCCAAAGAGCCUGUUUCCACACUGUAUCUCUAGACUAAACUAAUGCUAAUUUUUCACUGCCGAACUGUUUCUUGUACGUUGCGAUGAUCCCUGCCUCAAAUGCCCCCUUUGGCAGCUCGUUCCAUACACCUACCGGAAAAAGUCGCCCUUCAGAUUCCUAUUCAGUCUUUGUCCAUUUACACCUUAAUCCAAUGUCCACUGGUCCUCGAUUCCCCUACUCUGGGCAAGAGACACCGUGCAUCUACCAGAGUCUAUUCCUCUCGUAAUUAUGUACACCUCAAGAAGAUCGCCCCUCUUCCUCCUGAACUCCAAGGAAUAGAGUCCCAGCCUGAUCAACCUCCCUACAGUUCAGAACCUCGAGGACUAGCAACAUGCUCGUAAAUCUUCAAAUGGUAUAACUUGCCCAUGGGAACCAACUGAAAGGAAUGUAGCCCACAUCACCGUGGCUUGAGAGAGAGGGCCCUGCCUUUGACUCACUCAUCCUAUCAACAGAUUUGAAGGAUCACCACAAGGUAGAAGAUCUCAAUCUACCAGGUUACGAAUUGUUCUCCAUUACUAAGAAUAUCGUUCAAUAACUUUUUAAAAACAGAACCAAAUCUACUGAUGCUUUACUGACCGACCACAAUACUGAGAGUUGAAUUGUUGCGUUUGUAAUCUUUCUUAAAGUUGUACAUGUCGCCUAACAGUUUUGAAUUCAAAGUUUUGGUGUGGGCCUUUCUUAACUGCUUUAUACAUUUAUGUAAGAUGGUUUCUGAAAAUGAUAUAUUUAUAAAAUAAAUGCAAGGUUUAAUUUUG